AAUUCGUUUGAAAAUUACAACGGAAAAUAGGAGAGUCAAUGGUGGCGUGAGGAAGACAACUGGAGAAGUGUUUUUUGGUCCUGGUGAAGUGUUUUUGUGUUUUUGGAGAUCUUUUUGGUGGACAUCAUGGACAAUACUGAUAGCAUUGAGGCCAUGCACACCCUUCUGGAGCAUGUGGACCUCCCUGCCACUUUGGAACAGAUAAAAUGCCCCACUGAGGACUUCAUGGUGAACCUCAUCUCAGCUUUUUUUGAACAUUGUCACAUUGAUGUUGCUACGAUUAAGCAGCUGACGCCGAGCCAGCUGAACGCCCUGGAACUGACGAAUCCUGAGAACGCCUCGAUCGCCCCUAUCGUGAACCUCCGGGAGGCGAUGGCAACAGUAGGAAAUGAGAUAUUCCUGAAGGACUUCCAGAUAACGGACAUUACAUCCCCACGACACAUCAGGGCAAAAAAGCAGCUCAGGGUAAUGGGAAAUUUCCUACUCUACGCUAACAACAAGAACUAUCAUAUGAGGGAGAGGAUUGACAUGGUUUUCUCCAGAGGAGAGAAAAUUCAGACGCUUCGGACCCAGAAGCAGGAGAUCAUGGAGAAGAUGAACAAGCAAGCGAUGGUGACAGCUCAGAAGAAAGUGGAACUCAAGAAGAUUCAGCAGGAAAUCCUCGAUUACGAAGCGAAAAUUUCCCAGAAUAAAAUCAAAAUCGCAAAAGACGACAAAAUCCUAAAAGAAAAGGAGGAGUUAAAAGCCCAGAAGAUGGCGAGGAACCAAGCCAAGAGGGCAGAUCUCCAGAAGCGUCAGGAGGUCCUGGACGAGUUGAACGCAAGAAUCGUAAGGUCCCCUGAAAAAUUAAAAACCAAACUCAGGGAUCUCACUGAAGCCAGGAAAAAUCAGGAAGAGAAACGGGAGAACAUCCAGAAAACUAUCCUCCAUAAGAAAACUCUUCUCCAGAAUUUCGAGGCUGCCCUGACGCUCAUCCAGAAGGAGCACACCAAAUUGAAAGACGUUAUCGAGGAUCAGAAGAAGCUCAUAGCUGCCAAAAAGGAGUGCGACAGACUCAGGGGCGAUGUCGAGGAAGCACAGAGGACUAUCAGUCUCGCUGAGAAUCUGGACAAUCAGGAAGAGCAUCAGGUGAUCGCUGGAGCUAUUCAGGAGUGCGAGAAACAGUGCCAGGAGAGGAUUCUUAAGGCUAAGAAGAGCUUCAUGGAGAUGGACGCCGAGAAAAAAUCCUUAGAGAGAAAGAGGGAGAAUCUGGAGAUCAGGUGCACUGAGUUGGCCUCGGAGAAUUUAAAAGUCCGGAGAAUGGUGGAGGAUGUGGAAAUGGAUAUUGAGAGAUUUUUUAAGGAUAUCCAGAUGUUACAUUCCUCGGAGAUCGCCAAGGUGGAAAGGUUACACUCGGCUGUUAUCCCUAGGGUAGAGAAUUAGUUAAUUAUGAUUUAUUACAUGUGUGAUUCUCAGUAGUUCAUACAUUUUUAAUAUUCGAAAUAAAUUGAUAUUUUUACAGUUAUUUUAAUAUUUAAUUUUCACCCUUUUCUGAUGAGUUGAACGUUUUAAUUUGUUUUUAAAAUACUUCUGAAAUUUGGAAUUUAUGGAGUGAGAAAAUUUUUAAAAAGUCAAGAUAUUCAUCUUUUUUUUGUUAAAUACGUUCUUUGAUGUCUCAAUAAAUACCUAAUUAAUCUCUGAUAAUGAGGGAUUGAUAACUAUUAAAUUAUCGACCGGCGACAAUAUAGGAAAAUU